AGAACAAGCAAACUGUAAGUAGGAGAAGAAGAGGGAAAUAAAGUACUUUUUGGAGCAUAACAUAACUUUGAGAUAUUUUUUAUGGGUAAUACAUUGGGGAGGAGAAAGCAAGUGGUGGAUGAGAGGUAUAUGCGCCCCCAAGGGUUGUAUGUUCAUAAAGAUGUGGAUGUUAAGAAGCUAAGAAAGCUGAUACUUGAAUCAAAGCUUGCUCCAUGUUAUCCUGGCAAUGAAGAAUGCUGUUACGAUCUUGAAGAAUGCCCUAUUUGCUUUUUGUAUUACCCGAGUCUCAACAGAUCGAGAUGUUGCUUGAAAAGUAUUUGCACAGAGUGUUUUCUGCAGAUGAAGAAUCCAAAUUCAACCCGCCCUACCCAGUGUCCCUUCUGCAAAACCCCAAACUAUGCUGUGGAGUAUCGAGGUGUGAAAGCUGAGGAGGAAAGAGGGAUUGAGGAAAUUGAAGAGCAUCGUGUUAUAGAAGCAAAAAUUAGAAUGAGGCAGCAGGAACUUCAGGAUGAAGAAGAGAGAAUGCAGAAAAGACAAGAAUUGAGUUCUUCAAGGACAACUGUUGCACUGAGGGAAGUUCAAUACGAUUCAGUUGAAGCUCAAUCCUCUGUUGAGGAGGAAAUAGUUUCUUCUCAGGAAUUGCAGGUCUCCUCGGUGAUUCAACAACCAUCACUUACUAGGACAAACAGGAUGGUAGGACUGACGAGUACACAAGGUUGUAAACUGUUGAUCUUAUGUUCAGAAAUGAUCAGAUUGAAUUAUGUUUCACUAUCUUGUGUCAAAUGCUUGAAUUGCAGGGAUGCUGAGUUUGACGUAGAUCUUGAGGAAAUAAUGGUCAUUGAAGCAAUUUGGCAGUCAAUUCUGGAUAACAACACCAGAGAUCGCUAUAUCCCACCAGUCAUGGCCACAGUGGCCAGUUCAUCAUCGGAAUCAGCAUCUCCUUCUGGUGGUUUUGCCCCUGCAAUAGCUGCCCUUGCUGAGCGUCAGCAGAUGGGUGCAGAAUCUUCUCUCGACCAGAACGGAAAUAUGCCAUCAUUCAAUAUGCUUCACGGAAGCGGCAGAUUCUAUAAUAGGUUGGACCAAGUUGCUGAGAAUUGUCCUCCUGCAGAGACACCAAUUGACAUGCCAACUGAUAAUCGGAUGACACCUGGAAGAGAUGAGGGGGAAUGGGGAGUUGAUCAUGGAUCGGAGGUGGCUGAAGCAGGGGCUAGUUACGCAAGCUCUGAUGUUACAGAUGAUGUUGGUGGGAUCUCAGGAGUUCCAUGGCAAUAGUUUCAUGGCCAAGCUACCAGUGGUCAUCUUUCUUGAACAGAUGAUGCUGUCAGUGGCUGUUACGGGCCGAGUUUCGAGCUGCAACAAAGUGCACGAGUAGCUCCGAUGCAACUGAUUUAGAAGGUCAAGGUAGUUAUGAUCCAUUUUGCUUCCUGACACUACUAUAAUUGCAUAUAUACAUAUUGAAAAGGUAAACAGGUUAUUCUACCAAAUCAGAAGUCGCUUGUUUUCACCUAUUCA